GGGCGACGAUGAGGCGUCCAGGAAAAUAUUGGGCCAUAAUGCUUUCUCAGUCUGCACCGGACUCGCGGAGUAAGGAACGAGCAUCGGCACUCGCCGGUCAUUGUAUAUCAAACAGUCGCGCUUUCGUUUCGCACCGUGAUCGUACAUAGUGAUACGCGGACUCGGAUAAAACACGAAGUGAAGCAGACCUGCGUUACAUUUCGUCAAUAUUUACGUCGCAGUGAACGUUGCCCGUUCCUCCAUUCAACCGGUUUUUCGUCGCGAACCUCUGAUUAGCCACGGAUUCAGCGGCGUAUCCUUUUGAUCCAGUGCGUCCUUAAAUACCGUUCACGUGUUCUAGUUUUUUACUUUCCGCGGAGUACGUCGUAUGAACAGGCUCGUCGGUGACAACGUGGUUCCUUUGGCAAAAGUCAGCCGGCCCGGUCGCAUUUUCACGAGAUGGUGUCGGAAACCAAAAUGGAGGAGCAGAUCCACGACAGGAUCGCGCUCGCUUUCAAGGAUCAAAAUAUUUUAGUGACUGGCGGCACCGGCUUCUUGGGAAAAGUGCUGGUUGAAAAGUUUCUCAGAUGUCUACCCGAGGUACGGCAAAUUUACAUGCUCAUCCGACCGAAGAAAGGGAAGGACCCGAAAAAUCGUAUGGAUGACAUUUUCAACUCUCCGCUCUUUGAGAAAGUUAAACAACAAAGAGGAUUAGCGGAGCUACGUAAAUCAGUAACAGUUGUGAACGGAGAUGUGUCGAUGUUAGGCAUGGGACUUUCUCCAGAGGACAGAAAAAUGCUUUGCGAAAAAAUCGACAUUGUAUAUCAUGGCGCCGCUACAGUAAGAUUCGACGAGCUGCUGAAAAAGGCGGUUCUGUUAAAUACUCGCGGUACAAAGCAAAUGUUAGAACUGGCGAAAGAGAUGAAACACUUGAAGCUGUUUGCUCAUAUCAGUACUGCAUACUGUCAUCUAGAAGAGAAGAUAUUAAGAGAAAAAUCAUAUCCUCCUCCAGCAGAUCCUCACAAAAUUAUCAAAUGCAUAGAGUGGAUGGAUGAUGAGGUGGUUGAAGCCAUGACUGAUAAAAUUCUGGGAGAUAUUCCUAAUACGUAUGCCUUCACAAAGGCUUUAUCUGAAGGACUUAUCGAAGAAGCCAUGCCACACAUUCCAGUAAUUCUAUUGAGGCCAAGUGUCGUUAUACCUGUUUGGAAAGAACCAGUACCUGGAUGGACAGACAAUAUCAACGGGCCAACAGGACUUUUAAUUGGAGCUGGGAAAGGUGUUAUUCGGACAAUGUACUGCGAUGAAAAUGGAUACGCUGAUUACCUACCUGUUGAUAUUGCCGUGAACGCUAUUUUGGCCGCAUCAUGGAAUUACUUUUAUCUGCACGACGACGAGAGAAGAGUUUUCAACCUAACGAGCAGUAACGAAUACAAGGUAUCAUGGGCAGAAAUUAUCGCACGUGGUCGAAAAAUAACAGAGAAAGUACCUUUAAAUGGCGUCGUUUGGUACCCAGGUGGCAGUAUGAAGAAAUCAAGACUUAUGCACAACAUAUGCUUUUUACUAUUCCACAUGAUACCAGCUUACUUAAUAGAUACACUUAUUUUCCUUGCUGGCUACAAACCAAUCAUGUGCCGUGUGCAACGUCGUAUACGAAAGGGAUUUGAAGUUUUCGAGUAUUAUGCUAACCAUCAAUGGGACUUCGACAACUCAAACAUGUACAAAGUGAGGGAUCGGUUUAAUUCGGUCGAGUACGAAAAAUAUCAGUUACACGGAAACGACUUGGAUAUUGAUGGAUACUUCGAGAGUUGCAUACGGGCUGCAAGGAUCUUCAUUUUAAAUGAACAGCCAGAGACGUUGCCAGCAGCUCGGAGACACUUGAGAAUCAUGUACUGGGUUGACGUACUGACAAAGAUACUGUGUUUCGUCUUCUUGAUAUAUUUACUGGCAUCUUGGAGUGAAAGUUUUAGGGCACUACUGACAGGAUGUUGGGCAAUUGCAAAGCAGACACUAUCACACUAAUUCCUUCAUUAGCUCGUAACACUGUUAGUACCUUUACAUUGUAAUAUA